AUGUCAUCGUCCACGCCAUCAAUUCGGAUCUCCCAGCACCUGCGCUACCCCAGCCCUACCAAUUACUCACCUUCAUUCGCUGCCGCCUCACCUAUGGCAAUUCCGAAGGCCCAGGAACCGGUGCCACCGCCAUUGCCACCGCCAAGUCACAUACCCGAGAUCUCGUAUGGUCACGAUCCUGGUUGGAAAUGGGGCAAUGAUCCAAGCGCUUCGGAUUUUGGCCGAGCUGCGAGUGUCAAGCCUGGCUCCAGUCUGUUAGGAGGCAGCUUCCAAGCUUUGAGACAGGAGAAGGAGCACGAGUUUUAUUCACGAAAUGUGGGUACUAUUGCACGGAGAGGGAGCUCUAUAACGACCGUCACGGCUGGCGAAGAAGACGGAGGAGACGAUCACAUGGCACUAAGUGACGAGGAUGUCAACGGCUCCCGGCGACAGUCGAGCUAUAGGCUACAGAGCGAACGACAGCUCGAGCAAAGAACCCUUGAGGCGUCGUCAAACACAUACGACAAACAAUUGCUCAGUCGUAUUGGAGGUCCGAACACACCAAAGCGAUUGUCGGUUUCGCAUAGUCCUGGCUUUCCCGAAACUAGCCAGAACUCCUUGCAAGAUGGGGAAAGGCGACACAGCCGGCUGAAGCCACUGACCAUGCCGGAACGACGACAUGCACCCUCAAACUCCAUAGACUCGCCAGCCAGCUCUCGGUGGCCUACUUCGGGUGCUGCCUCACCUGGCUAUACCGGUUUUUGGGCUGAGCAAAGUAGUGGAGAUACCAGUCGAGGCCCUUCCACACGUCACGGCAGUGUUGUCUUUGAGAACGCAGUAUCCCACAGGAACAGCUACGACCAAUCGGUAUUCAUCAACGAAGACUUGAUGGAUGACGGGCAGAUGAGCAAUCUCAAUUUGCACGACAGGAGUCCAUCCGGCUCCGACGAUCACACAUCACGGGUUGGUACCAAACGUCGCCGAGCUUCAUCACCACGUCGAGAAGACAGUCGCGAGGAGCUCGCUUCUGUGAGCAGUGCUUCUGGCCAGAGCGAGGUCUCAUAUCGACGCUCGAUACCACCGCAGCAUGGCUCGCCGGUCUCUCGAUUCCACCCGACCCAUUCUUCCGCAUCUUCUGCAUCUUCAUUCGGACCGCGCCACGGCUCGCUUGGCUCGUCACUGGGUGUCUCGAGUAUACCCAGCAGCGCCACGAGCUACGGCUCAGGUCGACUUUCUCCAGGUGCAGUUUCGCCAGCAGCUCAUGAUCCCGUGCUUCGGCUCGGCACGCCUUACGAUAGCACUAGGAUAUUACCUGCUGCACACCACAGGACCUUGUCCGAGACCACCCAAGCUGCCCGCAAACCUUCGACCGACAGUAUGACCCACUCACGACACGGCAGCUUGUCUCACUUGCAGGGCGCUCACAUUUGCGAGUGCUGUCCCAAGAAACCCAAGAAAUUCGAUACUGUGGAAGAAUUGAGGUCGCAUGAGAACGAGAAGCAGUACACCUGUGCUUACUGUCCUAACCGCUUCAAAAACAAGAACGAAGCUGAGCGCCACCAGAACUCGCUACAUCUACGGAAGCACUCGUGGUCAUGCGCGGCCUUGUCCGGCCCGGAAGCCGCUUUCCACCAGACCAGUGUCACUAGCUCCGAUGUGUGUGGCUACUGCGGUGAUGAGUUCUCCAAUCCACCGCAAUGGGACAUUCGCGCCGAGCAUCUCAACUCCGCUCACAAGUUCGGUGAAUGCAAUCAAGCGAAGAAGUUCUUUCGAGCCGAUCACUUUCGCCAGCAUCUGAAACAUAGCCAUGCUGGCACUAGCGGGAAAUGGACGAAUCUACUGGAGACUGCUUGCAUGAAAGACGAGCCCCCUCCUGAAAGGCGUGUCAGUCCUGCCACUGCUGGCAGUCGUGUACCUCAGGCUCCUCCCGGGCUUAUGGUGACGACCAUGGGCCUGAGCGGAGGUCCUCGCGACACCCUCACAGAGACUCCUCACGACAGCUAA